AUGGGUCACGAUCAUGGUAUGGACGAUGAUAAUGAAGGUGGAUCUUUCCAUGUACAUUUGGUAGCCGGUGCAAUUGCAGGUGUUGCAGAGCAUGUCGGAAUGUACCCAAUCGAUACAGUUAAAACUCAUAUACAAGCGGUUACAGGAUCAUAUCAGACAUCGGGAUUACAAAUGACAAGACAAAUCAUAUCGAGAUCUGGUGUCAGUGGUUUAUUUAAAGGUGUAACUGCAGUUGCUGCUGGUGCUGCACCUGCACAUGCAAUUCAUUUUGCAAUUUACGAGUAUCUUAGACAUAAAAUAUGUGGUGGUGACAAAGCUCAUCAUCAUCCAAUUAAAACAGGUGCUGCCGGUGCUUUUGCAACUAUGGUUAGUGAGGCAGUUGCAUCACCAAUGGACGCUGUCAAACAAAGAAUGCAAUUACAAAUAACAAACUACGGUGGAAUGGUAGAUUGCAUGAAGAGUAUGUGGACAAGAGAAGGAAUAAGAGCAUUUUACGCAGGAUACACAACUUCACUAGUCAUGAAUGUACCAUAUUACGGAUUUUAUUUCGCUUCAUAUGAGAGUUUGAAGAAACUGAUGGAGCCACUGCACAAGAAGAACGAAAAGAACUAUACAUUGAUGCUGCAUCUAGUGGCAGGUGGUGGUGCCGGUAUGGUAGCCGCCGGUUUCACCAAUCCAUUCGACGUUGCAAAGACCAGACUCCAGUGUCAAGGUGACAUCGGACGUCACUACAGCGGUAUGGUCGAUGCUUUGCGUACCAUUUGGAAGGAGGAAGGUGUUGCCGGAAUGAUGAGCGGCGUCAAGCCAAGAAUCGUUUUUCACUCUAUGAGUUCCGCCAUCGUUUGGUCCGUAUACGAAUAUGUCAAGCACGUAAUGGAAUAA